CGGAAGUGACGUUACGUCAUAUGAAUAGUCAAAAGCGGUAAGGGGAGGCUGUGAGUUCUGCAACUUUCAAAACAUAUACUUGCCGUUUAGGAAAUCAACAUGUCAAAGAUCGAGAAGAUGAGCAUCCUCGGGGUGCGAAGUUUCGGAGUGGAGGAUAAAGACAAGCAAGUCAUAACGUUCUUCAGUCCGUUGACGGUGCUCGUGGGGCCAAACGGAGCGGGAAAAACGACCAUCAUUGAAUGUCUGAAGUACAUCACAUCCGGUGACUUUCCACCCGGAAGUAAGGGGAACACCUUUGUCCAUGACCCCAAGGACGCCCACGAGACUGAAGUGCGUGCCCAGAUCCGGCUGCAGUUCCGCGACGUUAACGGCGAGCAGGUGAUGGUCCAGCGGUCCAUGCAGAGCACGCAGAAGGGCAAGAAGACACCAGAGUUCAAGACCCUGGAAGGGGUGAUCGCCAGGGUGAAGCAUGGGGAGAAGGUGAGCCUGAGCUCCAAAUGUGCGGAGAUCGACCGCGAGAUGAUCACGGCGCUGGGCGUGUCCAAGGCCGUCCUCAACCACGUCAUCUUCUGCCACCAGGAGGAGUCCAACUGGCCACUCAGCGAGGGCAAGGCGCUCAAGCAGAAGUUCGAUGAGAUCUUCUCAGCCACAAGGUACAUCAAAGUCCUGGAGACCCUGCGCCAGCUCAGACUGAAGCAGGCCACCACCGUCAAGAACUGCCAGGUGGAGCUGAGGUACCUGAAGCAGAACAAGGAGAAGGCCCAGGAGAUCCGGGACCUGCUGACCGCCAAGGAGGCCCAGCUGGCCGCCUCGAGGGAGAGCGUGCAGCGCCUGGAGGGCCAGAUCGAGCCCCUGGAGAACCGUUUGAUGGACAUCGAUAAUAACCUGGGUAAGGUGAUGAAGCUGGAUAACGACAUCAAGGCCCUGGACAGCAGGAAGAAGCAGAUGGAGGAGGACAAUCGGGAGCUGGAGGAGAAGAUGGAGCAGGUGUUCCAGGGCUCGGACGAGCAGCUGCAGGAGAUGUACCAGAACCACCAGCGCACCGUGCACGAGAAGGAGCGUCGCCUGGAGACGUGCCAGCGCGACACGGAGCGGGCGUACCGGGAGUGCCAGCGGCUCAACCGCGCCAAGUCCGAGCUGCUGAUGGAGCAGGGUCGCCUCCAGGUCCAGGCCGACCGGCAGGCCCAGAACGUGAGGAACCGGGACUCGCACGUGAAGAACCUGGCGGCGCACCUGGAGAUGGAGGGGUACGAGCGCGCCCCCUUCAGCGAGCGCCAGCUCCGGAGCUUCCGCCAGCAGGUGACGGAGAGGCAGGACCGCGAGACCGAGGCCGCCAACCAGGCCAUGAGAGACAUGCAGGAGAAGGAGGCGACGAAGCAGCGGAGUAUCGACGAGAUUCGGGACAAGAAGACGGGCCUGGAGCGCACGGUGGAUCUGAAGAGGGACCUGCAGCAGAAGCGGCAGCAGGAGCUCAGGAACGUGCGCGGGGACCUGCAGCAGCUCGAGGGCUCGUCCGCCCGCCUGCAGGAGCUGGAGCAGGAGCUGGCCAAAGCGGAGCGGGAGCUGGAGAACGCGGUGCAGGCCUCAGACGUGGACGGCCUGAAGGCCGAGGUGCAGGAGCUGCAGACGGAGAAGACGCAGCUGGACCGCGCCCAACGCAGGCUGGACCAGGAGAUGGAGACGCUCAACGCCCACACCAAGACCCGCACCGAGAUGGACAUGCUGAAGAAGGACAAGACGGAUAAGGAAGAACAGGUGCGGAAAAUCAAGUCCAGGCACAAUGAGGACCUGACGUCCCUCCUGGGGCACUUCCCCAACAAGAAGCAGCUGGAGGACUGGAUCCACGGCAAGAACCGGGAGAUUAACCAGACCAGAGACAAGCUCUACAAACUCAGUAAGGACUCGGCGGUCCGCCUGUGGUGUGUGUGUGCAUGCGUGUGCGUGUCUGUGUGUCCGGUGUGUGUGUGUGUACCUGUGUGUGUGUGUGUGCGUCUCGUCUCGUGUGUGUGUGUGUGCGCAGCCAUGUUGGCGGGCGCCACGGCGGUCUACACCCAGUUCAUCAGCCAGCUGACGGAGGAGGCGGAGCCGUGCUGCCCCGUCUGCCAGCGCACCUUCCCCGCGGAGGCGGAGCUACAGGACGUCAUCAACGACAUGCAGUCCAAGCUCCGCCUCGUCCCCGACAAGCUGAAGAACACCGAGCAGGACCUGAAGAGGAAGGAGCGGAAGCGGGACGAGAUGAUGGCCCUCAAGCCAAUCAGGCAGUCCCUGUCCGAGCUCCAGGAGCGAGAGCUACCGGAGCUGCGGAACAAGCUGCAGGGCGUCAACCGGGAGCUGGAGAGGCUGAAGGGGGACAUCGAGGAGCAGGAGACCAUGCUGUCCCUGCUCAUGUCCGAGGAGGAGACGGCCAAGGCCUGCCUGCAGGACAUCUCCCUGAUGGACAGGUACCAGCUGGACCUCAGGGACGUGGAGAAGAAGAUCGCCCAGCAGGCGGCCCGGCUCCAGGGGGUGGACCUGAACCGAACCGUGCAGCAGGUGAACCAGGAGAAGCAGGAGACCCAGCACCGGCUGGACACCAGUGAGAGAAUGCUGAAAGAUGCUCCCAGCUCAACCACAUGCGCUCAGCAACGGCAGCGCAAGCAGCUGGAGGAGCAGUGUGUGGAGUUCUCUAUGGAGGUCCAGGCCCUGCAGCGUGAGAUCCGGGAAGCCCAGGAGCAGCUGAACCCCCUGGCCGCCACCCUGGAGAAGCUUCAGCAGGAGAAGGAGGAGCUGAUUGGCCGACGGAAACAGAAGCAGGAGGAGGGGCUUGAGAAGGUUAAUGCCAUUAAGGACAGGCUCAGGAACAUAACUGUCCUGGAGAAAGAGAUCGAGAAGUACAUCCAAGAGGGGAAAGACGAGUACAAAGAGCAAAAGGAGGCGGAGCUUCAGGAGACGAACAGCCAGCUCCACGAGGCCGAGAAGCAGCGGGAGAAGAUCAACAAGGACAUCGGGGACAUCAGGCAGGACAUCGACACGCAGAAGGUCCAGGAGCGCUGGCUGCAGGACAAUCUGACGCUGAGGAAGAGGAUGGAGGAGCUGGUGGAAGUGUGCGAGAAGAGGAAGACCCUGAUGAAGGAGAUGGGGGACAUGCAGGUCCUGAAGCUGAGAAACGAGCGCAGGGAGGCGGAGCGGAGCCUGGAGGAGCUGAAGAAGAGCCGCAGCGUGGCGCUGGGGAGGCAGAAGGGCUUCGAGGAGGAGAUCCUGCGCUUCCGGAAGGAUCUGCGCGAGGACCAGUACGGCCAGGCCGAGACGCACUUCCGCCAGAAGAUGAUCGUCAUGAGGACCACCGAGCUGGCCAACAAGGACCUGGACAUCUACUACAAGGCCCUCGACCAAACCAUAAUGAAGUUUCACAGCAUGAAGAUGGAGGAGAUCAACAAGAUCAUCCGCGACCUGUGGCGCAGCACCUACAGGGGGCAAGACAUCGAGUACGUGGAGAUCCGCUCCGACGUGGACGAGAACGCCUCGGCCGGCGUGAAGAGGAGGACGUACAACUACCGCGUGGUGAUGGUGAAGGGCGACACGGCGCUGGACAUGCGGGGGCGCUGCAGCGCGGGACAGAAGGUGCUGGCGUCCCUCAUUAUCCGAUUGGCCCUCGCCGAGACCUUCUGUCUGAACUGUGGCAUUCUGGCCCUGGAUGAGCCCACCACCAACCUGGACCGGGAGAACAUCGAGUCACUGGCUCACGCUCUGGUGGAAAUCAUCAAGAGCCGCUCCAAACAGCGCAACUUCCAGCUCCUCAUCAUCACGCACGACGAAGACUUCGUGGAGCUCCUGUGCCGAUCCAACUACGUGGAGGACUUCUACAGGAUCAGGAAGAACGUGGAGCAGUGCUCGCAGAUCUCAAAGUGCAGCGUGGACACGCUCAACGCUUACCUGCACUGAGCGCCCCGCUACAGCGAGCUAGCCGCUACAGCGAGCUAACCGCUACAGCGAGCUAGCCGCUACAGCGAGCUAACCGCUACAGCGAGCUAGCCGCUACAGCAAGCUAACCACUAUAGCGAGCUAGCCGCUACAGCGAGCUAGCCGCUACAGCGAGCUAACCGCUACAGCGAGCUAACCGUCCAGCUCACGCACAAACACGGGCCUGGCAUUGCCCUCUGUCUGGACCUCUUCAUCCGGGCUGCCUCGUUAAAGUAAAAACGUGGUUUUGCGAGAAGGAUACCUGUGCAUUUCGAGUUAGUCUCUUUUUUCUUUUUUUGAGGAAAAUUCUCAUUAUUAUUUGACGAUGAAUGUAUUACCACAAACAGCCUGUAAGCGUCUUCCAAAAUUCACAAACGGUAAUUGUAUUAGCCUAAUCAGUUGUUCAUGCCAUUUAUUAUUCCAUUUUUCCAUACACCUAAUUGUAACACUGAACACUGCUGCAUAGUCUAUAUAUAUAUAUGUAUUUAUAUAUAAACAGUGAUUGAAGGUAAUAAGUAAUUAUCAAAGUAUUUGAUGAUUGAAUGUUUAUUUCUAAAAAAAAAAUAAUAAUAAAACUUUCUAGCAUCUGA